AUGGCGGACAUCAAAGUGACCACCGUUCGCUUCGACCACCACCCUGACCCAGAUCCUCUGGGUAUAGGAACAGCUGAGCCACGCCUGUCUUGGAGCUUCGCUGGAGAAGCCAAGAAUUGGAAGCAGACGUCGUACGAACUGGAGAUAUCCAAGCCCGGACAGCCCGAAGACGAGCACUUUCGCGUCGAAGAAACAGACAAGUCCCUCUUCGUUCCCUGGCCAUCCAAGCCGCUCAAGUCUCGGGAAACAGCGACUGUCAGGGUCAAGGCUGCUGGCACCCACUGGAAGGCCGAGUUCAUCACAUCUUCACAGCAGACACCCAAGGACAAGCCACACCGGCCCCUUCGAUUCAGGAGCCCAGUGUUCCAUAUCGACGUCAAGGACAAGCUGCCCGCUAGCGGAAAGCCAAGAGCGAGGCUCUACAUCACCUCAUUGGGUGUCUACGAAGCUCACGUCAAUGGCACCCGUAUCGGAGACUUGCAGAUGACCCCGGGGUGGACCAGCUACAAUCACCGGCUGCCAUACCAAGUGUUCGACGUUACCGACCAUCUCGACUGGACGUCCCAGAAUGUCUUGGGGGUCGAAGUAGCCGAGGGAUGGUAUGCUGGCCGGCUCACCUGGGUCGAAGGCGUCCGCAAUGUGUACGGAAACCAGUUGGGCGUGUUGGCGCAGCUUGAGAUUCAGAAGCCCGAUGGGAGUGUCAUACAGGAGGUCAUCUCGGAUGAUUCCUGGUCGACGCACUCGUCAAGCCUCGUGACGAGCGAGCUAUACGACGGAGAGGUAUAUGACGUGCGCGAUGAUCCUGCAGGCGACUGGACAGGUGCCUCUUUCGACGAAGACCAGAGCUGGGACAAGGCUUCUGUGCUCGGUUUCAAGUGGGACGAGAUCUCGCUGAUAUCGCCUGACGUCCCGCCGGUGCGAGUCACCGAGACCGUUCGUCCCAAGAAGAUCUUCCGAAGCAAGAGCGGCAAGACUCUGAUCGACUUUGGACAGAACCUCGUCGGUAAAAUCCAGAUCCUUGAGCCUUUGCAGCUCCAAGAAGGCCAGACUGUGAAGUUGAGGCACGCCGAGGUGCUUGAGAACGGGGAACUCGGAACUCGUCCCCUGCGUAGUGCUGGGGCCGAAGACACAAUCAUCUUCGGCAAGGCAACUACGUUGAAGGACUGGACUCCAAAGUUCACAUUCCAUGGAUUUCGGUUUCUUCAACUUGAAGGAUGGACUCUCGACGACCAGAAAAACCCACCAACAGCAGACAACAUCGUUGCGUUGGUGAUGCACUCAGACAUGACCCGGACCGGGCACUUUGAAUGCUCCAAUAGCCUGGUCAAUCAGCUGCAUUCCAACGUGCUGUGGAGUAUGCGAGGCAAUUUCCUGUCCGUUCCCACCGACUGCCCCCAGCGUGAUGAACGGCUGGGAUGGACGGGCGAUAUCCAGGUAUUCUCGCCAACAGCUUCAUUCUUGUACUCCAGCGGCGGCUUCCUCGCGAACUGGCUGCAAGACCUCGCAGUCGACCAAGCCGCAGCCGGAGGUAUCGUACCCGUCGUCAUCCCCGACGUCCUCACCGGUCGGUCCUCCUGGCCCAACGAACCCCAGGCCGUCUGGGACGACGUAGCCAUCAUCCUGCCCUGGGUGAUCUACCGGUGGACCGGCGACGCCGCCGUGCUCCGGCGCCAGCUGCCGAGCAUGCGGACGUACAUCGACAAGUCCAUCCGCAGGGACCCCCGGAACGGCCUCCUCUGGGACCCGGCCCUCUGGCAGCUGGGCGACUGGCUCGACCCCAACGCGCCGCCCUCGGAGCCCGGGCUGGCGCGCACGGACGGCACGCUCGUCGCCGACGCCUACCUCGUGUAUGUGACUGGGCUGAUGGCCAAGAUCUCUGCCGUCGUCGGGGAGGAGGCCCUGGCGGCGAAGUACCAGGCGGACUACACGCGGCUCAAGGCUGCGUUCCAGGGUGCUUAUGUUGCGUGGUCGGGGUUGGUUUUUGGGGACUCGCAGACGGCUUUGUCCCUGGCCCUCUGCUUCUCGCUCCACUCGUCGCCGGAGCAAGCCCGCAACGCGGCGGACCGCCUUGCUCGACUGGUCAGGUACUCCAAGUUCCGCGUCUCUACGGGAUUCGCGGGGACGCCUCUUGUGCUUCAUGCCUUGUCGCAGAACAAGGAGCACGUGCAAUUGGCAUACCGGAUGCUGCUUGAGAAGGAGUGCCCGUCCUGGCUCUACCCCGUGUCCAUGGGAGCGACGACCACCUGGGAGAGGUGGGACAGCAUGCUCCCCGAUGGGACCAUCAACCCUGGCGAGAUGACGAGCUUCAACCACUACGCCCUCGGCUCUGUGGCGAGGUGGUUGCACGAGGUUGUGGGAGGCAUCAGCAUGCUGGAGCCUGGGUGGAAGAAGUUCAAGGUUGCGCCUGUGCCUGGAGGGGACCUGACAAGCGCCAAUAUCAGUUUUGAGAGUCCAUAUGGGACGAUUGGUGUCAAAUGGAAUCUGUCAGAGGGGCAAAAGAUUCAGCUCAACCUCGACGUGCCGCCCAACACGGAGGCCCUCGUUGUGUUGCCGGGACACAAGGACGCUGACGAAGGCAGUUGGGUGGGUUCCGGGCACCAUGAGUUUGAUGUUUCGUAUCAAGGGCCUGGGAAAUGGCCUCCUCGCUCAAUGCUCACGCAGUUUCGGGAGGAAGACGAAUAA